UAAACUGAACGAGAAUCGAGAAUUCGAGAAAUGAAAACAAACAUUUGAUUCAGUUUUAUUAAUGUUUAACCAUUGUCAAUUAAUAUCGCGUAUAGCACAAUUGCACAAUAGGUCAACACUGGCUGGACAGUAGUUAUAUUUUUAUCAAAAAAGUGUGGAAGAGGGAUCAAGAGAAGAGAGAUCACAAAAUAAUGUGGCAACAUCAAAAAGGCGCUUCAGUUCUCAUUAUUGGUCCGACCCAAAUGGAGGAAACCGUGAAUUCCGAUUCAGACGACAGCAGCCUUGGCAGCAUGGAUGACGAUGAUGCGUAUGCAGAUUUUGUCAAGACCACAGUUUCUUUACACCCGAAAAAUUGCUGUGACAACAAGCCGAGGGAUGUUGAACGCAUGAAGAGAUUUCUAGCCAAGGACAGUUUGUCACUCGACCGACGAGACUCGGCUUGGGAGCUCACUCCGUUGCAAUGGGCUGUUCAGCUGGGUCAUUAUCGUUGUGUCGAGUUCUUGCUGGAUGCAGGAGCCGAUUAUACUCUACCUGCAGACAAUAACACGGACUUGCUUGAAAUCGCCCUACGGGAGGAACACAACUACAACGUAGUCAAGAUCUUGCUGGACUUUGGAAUAAGCGCUAACUAUGAGCCUCCGAAGGGCUGCCCUGUCCGAUACAACAAGUCGUAUUAUGUGACAUGUGCUCUUCGACAUGGCAUUCUACCAGCUCAAAUUUUGUUGGACUAUGGCGCAGUGGUAAACGACUUUGAUGGUUACGACAUAAACUUCUACAAUUUUACCCAUUUCGUCGCUGCCUCUAGUGCGGUAAUAGAAGCAAAGGCGGACGUCCUGAAGUUUUUGCUUCUGAAUGGCGCCCCUGUUGAUGCCAAAAGCGCCCGUUUGACCAAGCCUUCUAGUUCAAAUCCUGUAGUGAAAGACUGUCUCUCGUUGAUACAUCUUUUCAUUUGCUGUGAUGGAGAACGAGGUUUCGAAGAGGAGAAAAAAAUUGCUGAUCUUCUGCAUCAGUUCGGAGCAAAUUUCUGGGAGAAAAACAGACUUGGCUUGACGCCCCUUCAAGUUCGAAGUAAUCGAAUUGUGUGGAACAAGGAGCGCCGCUUACGAGAUAUUGGAUGGCUUUCUCAACGACCACGAGAAGACAUCUUCUUCCGGAUAACCGAGUACCUGCGACACCUAAUGUCAGCUCCUCUGUCGCUCACUAGUUUGUGCCGACUCACUUUGGUUCGGAGCAUGGGCCAAAAUUACUUUAAAAAUCUGCAUUUGCUUCCCAAACUGCCCAGAAGGGUGAUUGCGUUUCUGAGAGGCUGGGAACUUUUAGACCGGCCUGUGUACGGCGACUUUAGUUUGUAAUUAUUGGUCAUACAUUUCCCAUUAAACGCAAAGAAAAAUAGAUGAGUAUUUAUGUGGCCCGAAAAGUCAUUUUUUUUUUUUAAAUUCUCAACUGAUUAAAACU